AUGCUGAAAAUCUCGAAUAAGUCAAGAAAGAAUGAAUAAUUGGAAACAAUAUAAGUGAUUGAGAAAUGUACAAGUAUGAUUAAUUGUUAUUGAUUAUAGAAAUAAUGAAAGAGGAUCGUUUAUAAUUGAGAUAGAUGGUAAAGGAUGAAAAUGUGAAACUAAUUGAAUUAGUAGCAAAACAUAAAAGAAGAAAUGAUCUCAAUGAUUUAUAAUAAGAAUUAAGAAAGUUUCUUAAAGAUAAAAAGGGCUCACCAGAGAAGGUUUAAGGUGGUGCACCUUUAAUAUUAAGAAAAGUAAAAUCAAAAGAGAGAUGUGAAUGGAAUACAUCUAUGAGUUCUAAUCCAUCAAUAAAAUCUCCAAGUCGAUCCAAUUUAGAUUUUAGAAAGAAAUAAAAAGAUGAAUAAUCACAUAAAAAAAUGGAAUCACUUAAAAUUUAAGAGAAAUUAGAUAGUCAAUUAGAACAUAAAGAAAAUGAAGAAUUUAAGAUACUUGAUGAAAUAUAAGAAGUAAAAGUAUAAGAAUAAUAAAUUGUAUUCAAUACAGCUAAUUCAGUCAUCGAUCCAUUUUUUGAAGAUUUAACUCCUGUUAAAAUGGAAUUUUAAACAAUUGUUUCUUAAGCACCUCUUAAUUAGAGUGAUUAAAGAAGUGAAUGCAUUUUAUAAUAUAAUGCAGCAGAAAUAUAAUAAUAUAUCUAAUAAGAUAGACAUUAUGUUUCAAAACAGACUUAUAUAAUUCCAUAAUUAAUAAGUCUUCAUUAUAAAUAGAUGGCAAAUGAAGAAUAUUAAAAUUUAUUUACGGAUUGGAAAAGUAUUCUCACUCCUUAACAACCUACAUAUCAUAUUAAAUAAGAUAAUGUAUAUUAAUCAGAAUUACAAAUCGAAUAAGAAUAAUUAACAGAAUAAUCAGAAUAAUCAAAAUAAAAUUUAACUACUCUUAAAACUGAACCUUCUUAAUUAGUAAAAAGCUUAGAAAUAAGAGGAGUAACUGCUGAAGAAUUAUUUACUUAUUUAGUACAUCAUAGAUUCACUAAAAGAUUGAACUUAUAUUAGCUAAUUGAAAAUGCUAAAAUAGCUAUUCCUAAUGCUUAAUUAGAUUUAGAUUCUUUAUUUAAAUUAGCAGAUACUGAUGAGGAUGGAUGGAUUAAUUUAGAAGAUUUAGGAGAAACUUUAAUAGAAACAUGUGUUGAAAAAGAAUCUCAUCCAAAUCUAAUUAAAGAAUUAUAUAAUCAAUUAAAUGGAAAUGUUAAAAUGGAAAACUUUAUAAAUUCAAUGAAUGAUCGAAUCUAAGCAGAAAUGUAAAAAUUUAAUAUUUUAUUUAGUCUCUACCAUGAAAUUGAUCUAUUUGGCAAAGGAAAUAUUACAUAUUGGGAAAUGUAUAAUCAUUAUGAAGAAAUUGAAAAAUUAUUGAUUAGAUGA